GGACAAUGGUGACGCUAUUCGUCUGUGACGUCGGACCUUCCAAGACACAAUUUACUGAAAGACAGAAGUGCGUCGCAAAGAAUGAACAUGUCAUCGUCAACCACUAAAGCCUAUUCCGAAUCUAUGGCAAAAGGAGACAGGAUCUCCCCAUGUCCCACCACAAGCGGAAGAAACUCGUACGGAGAUACUCAAAAGAAAGAAUUAGAUUUGAAAACAGAAUCCAAAUAUGAAUCAGGAGACAGAGAUAGUCACAAAUCUGGAGAUGGCGAUAAAAAGAUGUACGUGGCACUUCCCGAUUUUAAAGACGCUUUCUGCGACGAUUUCCAAGUGUCAUCAAUCGGAAAUGAUUUCUUGUGGUGGAACAAUGAAAACCAGGACACCGAUAAUGAAUUAAUUACCAGUUUUCUAACUCCCUAUGAUUCACAAAUAACUUUGAAGAACAGAGACUCGACAAACCUGUCAAAUAUAUGUGGACUAAACUUACACGAUGACUUGCCCGGUACUCCCAGUGGCAUGGCGACAGUGCCACGUGUGAAGCGAUGUUGUCUCACGGUGAAGUCAAAUGAUAUUCAAGGUUUUUUUAAUUUGUUAGCUGAUGAGCAUAUCCAGAACUUUCUCCAUGCAGAUAGCUGUAGACAGAUUGCUGAUAAGUAUCUCCUGGCAAUGGUGUUCGCUUAUUUCAAGAAAGCAGAUUUCACUUUAGAAGAAUAUACAUCAACCAACUUUUUUCUUGCCCUGUACAUUGCUCAUGAUAUUGAGGAAGACGACGAAGAGUUGAAAGAUGGGAUAUUUCCAUGGGCUAUCGGUAAGGACUGGAGAAAAAGCUAUCCUGAUUUCCUACGAGAAAGAGACAAGCUUUUCAAGAGGAUGAACUACAGCGCUAUUGUCAGCAGACGGUGCUGUGAGGAGAUCAUGGCAGAGACCCCUGACUGUGUUAUUUGGAAGAGAACUCGACCCACGCAUCACAGUGGCGCUAUUCGGCCAUACAAUCGAACGCCUCGAGGUCCACGCUUCCAGAGGGACGCACACAGAGUUCGUCAUCCCUGCCCUGAAUGCGAUGUCGGAAACCAUCGGAGUUCCGUACCCAGGGGAUUAAUGCAAUUAGUAUCCUAAUGGCAUUUCAAACUGUAUCACAAGUUCAAGAAAAAAGAUUACAUUUGGACUAAAUAUAAAACUGGAGAAUUU